GUUAGGCAGACGUUACCGAGCUUAGAGGUUCGGGGCAUCCGAACCAAGGAAGCCAAUACCGAGGCUAUAAAGGAGUUCCUCUUUUUCUACGCCGCGUCUUCGUUCAAACAAAAGCCGCGGUGUUUCUGACAUUCAUUUGCGAUCGGGAGAUUUUCAGGUUAUUAAGGAAUGGGAGAUCAUCUAGUUUUGUACGUUGACCGUCUCGUAACACCUUCAACCUUAGAAUCCAUACCAGGGGCAGAAGUUCCGGAAUCCUCCGGAGCAAGCUCUCAUGAGAAUUUUCCAGUCCCUUCAGGUUCUUCUCUGCCAGAGGGGUAUCUUGGAGAUGAUAAGAAUGUGGAGGAACGUGAUGUCUCUGAGGAAGAAGAGCCACUUAUUCAGACCAUGGAAUGCCGCAUUUGCCAGGAGGAGGACCAUGUCAAGAACCUGGAGACCCCUUGUGCAUGUAGUGGCAGUUUGAAGUUUGCACACAGGAAAUGCGUGCAGCGAUGGUGCAAUGAAAAAGGAGAUAUAACCUGUGAGAUAUGCCAUCAGCCAUACGGGCCUGGUUACACUGCACCACCUCCGCGUCCUCUCUCUGAUGAUACCAUCAUUGAUGUCAGUGGAGGUUGGACCAUUUCAGGAACUCCUUUGGAUUUGCACGACCCUCGGCUCUUGGCAAUGGCAGCUGCGGAACGUCACUUUCUGGAAGCCGAGUAUGAUGAAUAUGCUGCAACAAAUGCCAGCGGUGCUGCAUUUUGCCGCUCUGCUGCUCUAAUUUUAAUGGCACUUCUGCUUUUGAGGCAUGCAUUGACCAUCACCAAUGCUGACGGGGAUGAUGAUGCUUCUACCUUUUUCUCUCUUUUCCUGCUGCGGGCUGCUGGGUUUCUAUUGCCAUGCUACAUCAUGGCCUGGGCUAUCAGCAUCUUGCAGCGUAGAAGGCAAAGACAGGAAGCGGCUGCACUGGCAGCUGCAGAAGUAGCUUUUGUACUGCAGUCAGUGCAACGAAGAGGUCUGCAGUUUCCAACAGCCCCAGGACCUGCAGCAACUCCCCAUCAGGAGCCACUUCCAUAACAAUCUCAAAUCUGGUAAGAUGCACGCUUAGAUUGUCUGCACUUUUAGAAGAGAAAAACAUUUGAACAGAGGACCGACUUUCGGGUAUAACUUGCGGGUGAGAGAAGUUGAUUGUUUUAUUUACAUUUGAUGCUCCGGUUGUAUUCAUGCUCUCUCAGAUUCUUGAAGAUCAGAGGUUGGCAUUUAUGUACAUAUAAUAUUCGAUUUGGGUGUGGUUUUAGGUAAUGCUGCUGUAGCAGUUAGGAGCUGUUCGGAAACU